AUGAAUACAACAAGAAGAAGUUAUAAUCAAAUUGUUUUGAUUGUAAUUUCAAUCUUGUUAUUAUGGUCAAGUAACAUAGGUACGUUUGUUGAUUCACAAAGUUUACCAGCAGAUGAGUUGGCAAGUGUUGUGUUUAUGAUUAAUCAGUAUGGAUUGCAGUCUUUUCUUCCUUUAAAUGACACUGCUUGCAAUUCUGCUGUGCAAGGUCAAACCGUAUUCUCUUGUUCAAUUGUUGCAGGACAAAUGCGAGUCCUUCAAGUUAAUAUCUUGAGUCCUCCACCUUCUGGUUUCCCCUCCAAUGUCGUCCCAGUAACAUCGUUAUCAUUUCCAGAGUUACUCACUCUUAAAAUUCAUAAUGCUCCUACUCAAAACCCCAAUAUCCAAAUAUUAGACUUGAUUGGUAAUUGUUUGAAACUUCAAAUACUUGAAAUAGUUGGUGACGCAUCCCUAACCCAGAUUAAAAGUAACUUCCCAGGACCAUCAUUUACAAAAUUAGAAUCAUUGGUAAUUUCAGAAAAUCCCAAUUUAGAGUCUAUUGUUAAUUUCUUUAAUGGAUCAGUUAUCAAAUUCCUUUCACUUUUUGGUAAUCCAAAGCUAUCUUUUCAAAUCAACGAUACCAUGGUACUUGACAAGCUUUUAAACUUUGGUGUGGAUUUUAUGUUAGAUGAUACCAUCUUCACCAUGACCAAAAAAAGUUUUCCAACUCUUGAAGUAUUUGGAGCUACCUCUCAUGCAAACAAUGUAGCAGUUGAGAUUGAUUGUCCUAUCAUUGGAAUAUCCUCGGAUAUGAGAGGUCCGAAAACAGCUCUAUUGCCAAAUGAUAUUGGGCUUUUUACAAAUUUAGUAACUUUUAGUUUACAAUCUACUCCGUUUUCUUCUUUCCAAAUCCCAUCCACACUUUCUUCUACUCUAGUGUCAAUGAUAAUAAAAGAUGCAAAAAUAACAGGAGUAUCAAACAAAAUAAGAUUCCCAGUCAAUAUAACAACAGUUGAUUUAACUAGUAAUUUAUUAAAGGCAAUGCCACCAGCAGUGGUAUUUGAACAAGUAGCAUCGACAAACAUUAUUCUCUCAAUGAACCAAAUUCUUACACCUGUCACAAGUGAUUUUUGUAGACACACUAUUGACAUUCGAAACACAAACAUUCAAAGUGUAGCCGAUUGUUUUUGGUGUUAUCCACAAUCAAUUCUCACCGAUUUACCUUAUCCUCAAAACUUCCAAUGUACACCUGCUCUCAAUACAACAGGAGUUGUUCCAUCAAUUGGUGGAUAUGCAACCCUAACAGGUAGCAAACUUGGUUGGGGUGUCGCUCCAUCUAGAGUAUUGGUUGUAAACUCGGUUAUAUUAUAUCCAUUUACAGAGGUAUCACCAAUACAAAACCGUAUGGUUUCUUUGGGUACAAAUAUAACAAUACCAGUAUCACUGAUUGUGGCCGAUAUAACAGUUAGAAAUAUCGUACCAAUAAUCCAUUCGACAAACAAUACGAUUACACUUAGAUUCACGCAACAGGUCAAUCCCUACGUUGAACAUCGAGUAAUCAUAUCAAAUGACCAAAGGGGAGUCUCAUUGGUAUGUAAUUUGUUGGGAGCAACAUGUUCCACAGAAGGAUUGAAUGGAGGUGAUUACAAUUUUACAAUGUCCAAUGAAUUUAAUUCAUUUUCUACAGUCUUUACUCUUCAAUCACCAAAUUCAUAUCCAUUAGUAACAUCAACACAAUUAAAUGGAUUAAAAAUAACUUUGAGUGGAUAUUUUGGACCUUCAGUAUCACAAAAUCAUUAUGUAAAAUUAAACAACACUGCCAUUUGUACUAUUACAAAUAGAAACGUAUCAUACAUUGAAUGCAAUUUAUUGGCAACUCCACCACCAGGCGUAUCCUCGGUUCAGGUCAGUGUCGAUGGUUAUUCCAUUUCACUCAACAAUGUCAUCUCUAUUCCCUUCCCACCAUCACAAUCCUUAAAACAACAAUGUAUCGAUCAGACAUCAAAUUGUUAUGGUCAUGGUCAAUGUAAUGAUCAGGGUGUAUGUCAGUGUGAUCAAGGUUAUUAUGAUAAUUGUAGAUUUUUUAAAAAUCCAAAUGUAACAUUUGUACAAAAUGAUACAAAACCAGUUGCAACAUUUGAAUUGGAUGGAUAUCAAUUCUUUUUUUCAUUGGUUGCUAUUCAAGAAUUGGAUGGUGAUGAUAUUGUAGUUCAAGAAUUAAUCACUGAUCAAUGGAAUGUUACCGAUCAAUCGGGUGAUAAUCUUACAUCACUUCAUUAUAGAUUGUUGAUCAAUUCAACUCUGUAUCCAACACUAUCACCAAUUGUCAAUGUUACAUCUCUGAUUGAGUAUUCGACUCUGGAUAGGCAAUUACCAUUUGGUGAUAGUAUUGUAUCGGUCGGAGCAAAUAGUAUUAAAGUAGGAGUAAAUGUCACUGGAUGGCAAUAUCAAUCGAUUCUUUCACAUCUCAGAGUUGUAUUCUCAACCAUUGUCAAUAAUGAACAAUCAAUUCAAUCAUGUUCCAAUAGUGAUAUUCCAACCUUUGAACAAAUACUAGGAAGUGAUAGUUAUCUACGAGUCAUCAAGAAUGACACACAAUUCUAUGGUAGAUUCCUUUCCUAUUCCUAUUCCGAUGGAAGAAAGACAUUUUCGAGAAAUGAAUUAAUUAAUCAAACCAGAAUUGUUGGAAGUGAUACUGAUUCAUUGGCAUUGAUUGGAGUUCAUGUACCUCAAUGUACUUUUUGUCUACUCGAUCCAGAUUUCUCAGCAUUGGUAGUCGGACAAGACAAAGAGCAAGAUUGUUCAUCGGAAUCAUCAAACACAUGGAAGAUUGCAGUUGGUGUAGCAGUUGGAGGAGCUGUAUUGAUUGCAUUGGUAGUUGGAGCCGUCCUCUAUUUAAGAGAUAGUAACUUUAUUAGAUUCAAAUUUGGUAAUCUAAAUAGAUCUAUAAAACUAAAAACCCAACAAUCUUAA